UUGAAAAAGCCCCACAAGGCCACAAAUACUGUCACUCCGCUGCUCUCUCUCUCUCUCUCUCUCUCUCUCUCUCACUCACUCCCUUUUUCCCACUUGAGGCAUGAAGAGGCAGCUCAUAGUGAGCUAGGGCUUUCACUGUUCAUUCACUAGCUCCCUGUAAUGCAAAUCUUGAAUCUUCAUUGGUACUGAGAUUCAUACGUUUUCUUGCAUUUUUCCCAACACCAAAAAAACGAGAAUGUCAGCCAUGGCUAGAAUUGGGUUAACAACGCCUCUGUUUCUCGCUCUUCUGCUGCUGCUUUCUGGGUGUCUGUCUUCUGCAUCAGCUUCACCUUCGCCUUCAAAAAUUGUGAAUGGGGUUUUGUCGAAUGCUGUGUCUAAGCUGGUGAAAUGGGCGUGGUCUCUCAAAGCUACUACUAAAACAGUGGUUUCUGGGCGUCCAAUGAUGAAGUUUGAGAGUGGGUAUAGUGUGGAAACAGUUUUUGAUGGAAGCAAGCUUGGGAUUGAGCCUCACACUGUGGAGGUCUUGCCCAGUGGGGAGCUCCUCAUUUUGGACUCUGCUAACAGUAAUCUUUACAAGAUCUCUUCUGCAUUGUCUCAAUACACCCGACCAAGGUUGGUUGCUGGUUCAGCGGAUGGAUACUCUGGACAUGUGGAUGGUAAAACCCGGGAAGCAAGGAUGAACCAUCCCAAGGGGCUUACAGUUGAUGAUAAAGGGAAUAUUUACAUUGCGGACACUGAUAAUAUGGCAAUCAGGAAGAUAAGUGAAACAGGAGUGACAACAAUUGCGGGAGGCAAAUGGAACCGUGGAGGUGGGCAUGUUGAUGGACCGAGUGAAGAUGCAAAAUUCUCUACCGACUUUGAUGUAGUCUAUAUCGGAAGCAGUUGCUCUCUCCUCGUCAUAGACAGAGGGAAUAAAGCAAUCCGAGAGAUCCAACUUCAUUUUGAUGACUGUGCUUAUCAGUAUGGAAGCGGCUUUCCUCUAGGGAUUGCAGUACUUUUAGCAGCCGGCUUCUUUGGUUACAUGCUAGCAUUGCUCCAACGUAGGGUAGGAACCAUGGUAUCUUCUGAAAAUGAUGAGAAAACGGCGGUUUCUUCUAAUCCGUAUGAGAAACCACUCAUGUCAUCAGUAAUGCCGCCCCUAAUUCCACCUGAUAAUGCUGAAGAGAAGCAAGAAGAAAGCUUCUUUGGAUCUUUGGGAAAGCUGCUGGCUCAGGCGGGAGAAUCCUUCACUACUAUCUUGGGAGGCGUAUUCCCCGCAAUCAAAAGGAAGCAUAAGUAUCAACAGCAACAGACGCAGCAGCAGCAGGACUACUACCAGUUCCAGCAACAGCUGAAGUACUCGAAUACGUGGCCCGCUCAGGACAGCUAUGUAAUAUCAGAGAAAGACGAACCCCCUUCCAUUGACAUGAGAUCCCCGACGCCUCAAAAGACCUAUGCAUUCAUGUCCAAGGAUUCUGAGAAAAUGCAAAAGCUCCGACAAAGCCGUGCCUUUUACAGUGAGUGGGGCUCGGACUUCCAGCAACAACAACAGCAGCAGCAGCAAACUCAGAAGCAUCUGAAUCACCACCGGUACCAUUCAGCUGCCCCGCAGACUGUUUACGAGCAGAGCCCCGAGAAAACAAACGAGGUUGUGUUCGGGGCAGUUCAGGAGCAGGAGGGGCAAAAUGGCACAAUGGUCAUAAAGCCUUUGGAACACGCAACGCAGGGUUACAACCAUCAAAACCAUAUUCGUGCUCGGUUCAACGCCAUGGGGUACACUUACGGGCAGUAGUCGUCGUAUUAUAGGUACAUAGAAGUUUUGGGUGUUUCAGAAAUAUCUGCUUCUUGAAUCUUGAUGAUGAUGGAUGAGUCCUCCUGAGUAAAAAAAAAAAAAAAAAAGCAUAUGAGAGAUGUAUAGAGCAGAAGAUAUGUUAGGGAAGCAAGUAAGUCCAUAUUCUGAGUGAGUGGUCUAUGAGUAUGAGACACAAAAAACAGGUGUUCAUCAAACUCUCAUUGAAAUAUGAAUAUGUAGUAGUGUGUUUGGCCCGGAAAUCCCGAACUGCGUUAAAAGUCUCUGUGUUACCAUUA